CCAACAUGCAACAUCCGGGUACUAAAAAAGAGACAGCGUUUUAUUCGAUAUAAAGAUAUUUCAAUUGUUUCCUUUAUUAUUUCCAAGGCUUUGAACAGUAGACUAUUUGCGGAGUGGAUUUUAAUAAGAAGCAUGGCUUCUGGCGGCUAUGGACGAGGUGGGCGAGGAGCCCUCCUUCUACAAGCACUUUCACAGCCACCAAGAAAACCUGGAGAUAAUGGGCAGGAAGAAAAGCCAGCCAGUUCUCUGGCCCCAGCAGCUGAGCAGACCAGUCCUGCACCCCAGGCUCCUGCUCCUAUGGGACGUGGGGCUGUUCUAGCAAGCCUUCUAAACAAGCAGGCUGCCAGUCAGCCAAUACAGCCAACACCAGGAGGAGAUGCAAGUGCAGGGCCAGCUGUACCUAGGCCAAUGGGUCGUGGACUUGCCUCCAUGCAGGCUCUUCUUUAUGAUAGGUCGAGGCAGUCCCUGCCACAAUCUACAGCAAGAGGUACAGCAGUCCUGCAGCAGGCCUCACAGGUGGCCCCGGCCCCAGCCCCCACACAGCCCACCCCUCCUGCCCAGCCUCCUCCAGCCAGGCCCCAGGGUGAGGGGCCAGGGUCACCCCCCAGCAGCAGACUGGCACGCAUGUCCUUGGAUAGGAAAGAUGUUGUUCAGAUGCAUGGCACAGAUGGAAAGCCUAUGCAUUUGUGUGCCAACUACAUACGUAUAAAGUGCAAGAACUCUGGUGUGUUCCAAUACCAUGUAGACUUCAACCCCAACAUUGACGCAAGGGGCAUGCGUUUCAAGCUGAUCAAUGAACAUCGUGAUGUCAUUGGUUUUACUAAGGCCUUUGAUGGCAGCAUUUUGUUCCUGCCUAUUCAAUUACCUCAGCAGGAGACAGUUUUGACCGGGGUGCGGCACACAGAUGGUGUUCCAGUGACCAUCACCAUACGUCUCACCAAGGUGAUCCCACCCGAGUCCUGUCACCAGCUCUACAACAUCAUCUUCAGGAAGAUAAUGGGUAUUUUAAAGAUGGUGCAGGUGGGCAGAUAUUUCUACAACCCUUAUACACCUUUUGGGGUCCCACAACACAAACUGGAGGUGUGGCCAGGCUACAUCACAGCUGUAUCUGAGCAGGAGGGGGGUCUCAUGCUGCUGGCCGAUGCCUCACAUCGAGUGCUCACGACUGAAACCGUCCUGGACAAAUUGUACACCAUUGUCCAACGUAAUACUCAUGGAUUCAGAGAUGAAUUGAUCAGAACUUUAGUUGGAACAGUAGUUCUGACAAGAUAUAACAACAAAACAUAUCGCGUGGAUGAUAUCGUAUGGAAUAAAGACCCAACCCACACAUUCCAGCUUGCAAACGGAGAGGAAAUGUCCUUCAUAGACUAUUACAAGAAGAAUUAUAACCUCACAAUCAAAGACCAGGGGCAGCCACUCCUGAUCCAUCGACCAAAGGCCAAAAUGCAGCAAGGAGAGCGCAAGCCCAAACUGGAGGUAAUUUGCCUGAUUCCAGAGCUGUGCUACAUGUCAGGCCUGAAUGAUGCCUUGAGACAGGACUUCAGAGUCAUGAAGGACCUGGCCGCUCACACACGUGUGACUCCAGAGCAGAGGCGCCUCACCAUGAUGCAGUUCCUGGAGCACGUGAACUCCCAUGAUGAGGCUCGCGGUGAACUCGAGAAGUGGGGCCUCCAGCUGGACAGUAAAAUCCUCGAUUUUGAAGGCCGUCAGAUGCGCCAAGAAGAAAUCCAGUUCCGCAGCAACAAGGUCAUGUCGGGUCACCAGGCAGACUGGAGCCGGGCUGCGACCAAUGAACACGUGAUCACUGCCGUGCCCCUCAAGACGUGGGUGGUCAUGUACACCAAGAGGGACCACAGCAAGGCCAUUGACUUCAUAGACACAAUGCUGAAAGUGGCCGGCACCAUGGGCAUUGACUGCUCCCAGCCAACCAGGUUUGAGCUGAAGGAUGACAGGGUGGAGACCUACAUCAGAGCACUCAGGGAAAAUAUCAACCCGCGGCUCCAGAUCGUCGUAGCCAUAUGCCCGACCAGCAGGGAUGACAGAUACUCAGCCAUCAAGAAGACAUGCUGCGUGGAGUCACCUAUACCCAGUCAGGUGAUAAAUGCAAAGACUAUCAGUGAUCAAAAGAAACUUCGUAGUGUGGUGCAGAAGAUUGCCUUACAAAUAAACUGCAAGCUGGGUGGUGAACUGUGGGCUGUGUCCAUUCCAUUGAAAGGUCUCAUGGUGAUUGGUGUGGACAUCUACCACGACACCGCCGGCAAGAAGCAGAGCAUCUGUGGCUUUGUGGCUUCCAUGAACAAGAACUGCACACGCUGGUACUCUCGCUGCAUGAUACAACCAGUGAGCCAGGAACUGGUGGACGGACUGAAAGUCUGCCUAGUGUCUGCUCUAACCAAGUAUCAUGAGACAAACCACGAGCUGCCAGAGAAGAUCAUUGUGUUCCGUGACGGUGUGGGUGACGGCCAGCUGAACACCGUGGCAGACUAUGAGGUGGACCAGCUACGCAGCUGCUUCACACACCUGGGGGAGAACUACAGCCCCAAGCUGUCUGUCGUUAUCGUGCAGAAACGUAUCAACACAAGGAUAUUUGCAGCGAAUGGGCGUCAGAUGGAAAACCCCCCUUCAGGCACAGUGGCUGAUCAUACCAUCACACGACGUGACAAGUAUGACUACUUCCUGGUGAGCCAGCACGUGAGACAGGGUACAGUGAGCCCCACACACUACAUCGUGGUGUCUGAUGACUCGGGCAUGAAGCCAGACCACAUGCAGAGGCUCUCCUACAAGAUGACCCACCUCUACUACAACUGGCCCGGCACCGUCCGAGUGCCAGCACCAUGCCAGUACGCUCACAAGCUUGCCCAGCUGGUUGGUCAGCACAUCCACAAGGAGCCCAGUCAGGAGCUGUCCGACAGGCUCUUCUUCCUAUAGACUUUAUAUCCACAAGGAACCCAGUCAGGAGCUGUCCGACAGGCUCUUCUUCCUAUAGACUUUAUAUCCACAAAGAACCCAGUCAGGAGCUGUCAGACAGGCUCCUCUUCUUAUAGACUUUAAAUCCACAAGGAACAAAGUCAGGAGCUGUCCAACAGGCUCUCCUUCUUAUAGACUUUAUAUAAGCCUGGGGGAAAACUGGGCAUAAUGCAUGUGAGUAAAGUGUUGUCCCAGUAACCCUGUGCAGUUCGCAAAGGCUCAUCAAGGACGACACUUUCCACCGAUAAUAUUUUUGGUAAUAUGAGACUAUCUUUAAAAAAAAAUCCAUGAAAGCAGAAUGUAUUAUCCUCAUAAGCUUGUGCAUACUUCACAGGCUUAUCUGGGACGACACUUAAGACUCGUGCAUUCAGUCCAAUUUUUAUGCCCCAGGUAGGGUUGCAUAUAGCAUAUGAACUGUCUGUCAGUCUGUCUGAAAACUUUAACAUUGCCCAUAACUUUUGCAAUUUGCAAUAUUGUAGAUAGCAACUUGAUAUUUGGCAUGCAUGUGUAUCUCAUGGAGCUGCACAUUUAGAGUGGUGAAAGGUCAAGGUUAUUCUUCAAGAUCAAAGGUAAAAAAAUCCAAGGGAAGUAACAAGCUUUAAAGGGAGAUAAUUUAUAUUUAUCAUUUGGCAGAAACAGAUCAUUUUUACAAGGGAAGUAAUAUUUUUUAAAGGGAUAUAAUAAAAUAUAUAUAUAUAUAUAAAUAAAUCACAGCGGCGCAGUAGGGGUCAUUGUGUUUCUGACAAACACAUCUCUUGUUCAAGAACAGGGUUCAUGUGCCUUAGUAAUGACGAAUCGAAUCUCAGGGAAAAGGUCACUGUGACCUCUUAAAAAAAUAAUCUGACAAGCUUACAUUUAUUCAAAACUGCACCCGUAGCCCAUGGCUGUCACCUGUUUAAUUUGGUGCUCUUGUUUGUUUAUAAAGUUAUGUUCAAUAUUGAUCUCCUAAGAUUUAAUAAAAAGAUGUAUUUCCAAAGUAGGAUACAUAUUUCAUUGUUUAGAUUCUGGUUAUCUUUAUGCAUCAGAAUGCUACUUUUGAUGAGUGAAAAACUCGGAUCUAAUGUACUGUUGAAGACAGUUGUAAGGCAAGAUAUGUCAUAGUUGUUAACCAUUGAUUUGUUGUUUCUUUAUAAUGUGUUUUGCAUCAAUAUGUUUUUAGUUGGUAGAAUGGUGAGCUAUCGGUUGCAGUUGUCCUUGGUCUGUGGAAUUAUUUGACUGAUGAGAGUAUAUUGUUACUUUUUGGAUUCAGAAAUUGGACGGAAACAAUUUAAAGAAGUUUAUUUGAGCUGUAACAUUUUUAUCUCCAACAACAUACUAAUACUGUGAAUGUACAACAAGAUUUAAGCUUUUAGUGUAUGGACUUUUACGUUUAAGGUGAAUUGAAAUUAUAUGGAAGUGUAAUAACUUUAGGUUGUGUUAUUGUUGCAUUUAAUUGGUUUGCUUAUGCAUUAUACUGUCAUGUGUUUUCAAAGUUUAUGGGGUCUUACCGCGCCUAAGGCUGCAUGAGCGUAUCCUUAGCGCAUAGGUGGGUACAAGGGCACCUUUCCCAGUCAACCCGGGUUCAAUGCCUGUUCUCAGCUGCAUGUGAGUUAGGUUGAUGGUUAACAUCUCGGGCAGGUGGUAUUUCCUCGGGGUACUCGGGCUUCCCCCUACAACUCAAGACCACACUUAAAUAAAAAAAUAACUUUCAGUAAAAAACAAACAGCUGGAAAUUGCAGCUCUAAUUCCAGAUUUGUCCCAACUUUUGUGAGUCAAAUAAUUAAUUAGGUAGUAGUGCCAGGACACGCUCAUGCAGCCUCAGGCGCGGAAAGACCCCAUAAACUUUGAAAACACAGACAGGGGGGCUUUGAAUUAAGGAAAUAACAAUUGUUCCCUGCCCCCACCCCCCCCUUUUUGUCAUGGAAGUUUCGAUGGUUACUGUAUAGUUUGGGAGAAAAAGAAGACUCCUAAUAGUUUGUAGGGUAAAAUAUCAAAGUCACAGUGACAUGUAACAGGAAAUUUCGUUAAGGCGCUGUAUAGGGAUGUCAUUGAUCCUUGAAUCUCUUUGAAUCUGAUUUACCCAGUGAUUCUGACCAUUGUGUAAAUAAAUCGAAAUGAGAUAAUGGGUUGGAGGUUGUGACAGAUUUAACACCUUUUUAGCUUACCUGUCACAAUGUGACAUGGUGAGCUUAUGUGACUGUUUGAUGUCCGGCGUCCGUUGUGUGUGCGUGCGUGCGUCCGUUCCUCAACAAUUUGUUUGUGUAGACAGUUGAGGUCAAAGUUUUCAUCCAAUCUUUAUAAAAUUUGGUCAGAAUGUUUAUCUUGAUGAAAUCUGGGUUGGGAUUGUAUUAGGGUCAUCUGGGGUCAAAAACUAGGUCACUAGGUCAAAAACUAGGUCAAAUAAUAGAAAAACCUUGUGUAGACAAUAGAGGUCGCAGUUUUCAUCCAAUCUUUAUAAAAUUUGGUCACAAUGUUUAUUUUGAUGGAAUCUGGGUUGGGAUUGUAUUUGGGUCAUCUGGGGUCAAAAACUAGGUCACUAGGUCAAAAACUAGGUCAAAUAAUAGAAAAACCUUGUGUAGACAGUAGAGGUCACAGUUUUCAUCCAAUCUUUAUGAAAUUUGGUCAGAAUGUUAAUCUUGAUGAAAUCUGGGUUGGGAUUGUAUAUGGGUCAUCAAGGGUCAAAAACUAGGUCACUAGGUCAAAUAAUAGAAAAACCUUGUGUAGACAAUAGAGGUUGCAGUUUUCAUCCAAUCUUUAUGAAAUUUUGUUAGAAUGUUUAUCUUGAUUGAAUCUGGGUUGGGAUUGUAUGUGGGUCAUCUGAGGUAAAAAAAACUAGGUCACUAGGUCAAAUAAUAGAAAAACCUUGUGUAGACAAUAGAGGUCACAGUUUUCAUCCAAUCUUUAUGAAAUUUGGUCAGAAUGUUUAUCUUGAUGAAAUCUGGGUUAGGAUUGUAUUUGGUUAGUCAGGUGAGCGAUUCAGGGCCAUCAUGGCCCUCUUGUUUAAUUAUUACCCUGAAAAUUCAGAUUUUCAAACCUCAGCAAAUUACACUUGCAACAUUAUCACAGUAUUGUACAAGUAGGAUUUUAAGUACAAAUUUUAGUCUAUUAUUAGGUGCAGAAACAAAGUUGGCUAAAGAAGUUUUGUUGGUUAGGCGCCAGCAUGUAAAAUGUAAAGGUCUGUUGUUUAAACAUGUUUUUUUGUUUGUUUUUUUUUAAGCCAGGAGCAAAGAAAAGAAGUUUUUUUUUUAAUUGCAAAAAUGCUUUUCUUGUAACAUUUGUAUCUUCAACAACAUACUAAUACUGUGAAUGUACAACAAGAUUUAAGCUUUUAGUGUAUGGACUUUUAAGUUUUAGGUGAAUUGAAAUUAUAUGGAAGUGUAAUAACUUUAGGUUAUGUUAUUGUUGCAUUUAAUUUGUUUGCUUAUGCAUUAUACUGUCAUGGCAUAUUGUAUUGUGUGUUUAUUUUUCAUUCAGUUAAUCUUAUACAAACAAAAAACAGCAAGUUUCAAUUUUGCACAAGUCCAUAAGUUUUUUUGCAUUUGCUUAAUUUUGUUUCCAUUUCAUUUUAUUAUUAAUAUCUCCCAAGAAGGUGCCAAAAUCAUGUUUUCUUGCAUCAAAAAGUAUGUUGUUUCAAACAUUGUUUUUUAUUUUGUCAUCAUUUAUGUGUAAUUUGUUGAUGAAACAUAUAUUGAAAUGUAAAUAUGUUAUUUCGAUUUGCAAUAUUUUUAUUCUGCAUUAAAGGUUGUUUUUGUA